GUUUUCUGCUCGCUGCCGCGGCGCGACAACCGCUCAGAGAUCCCCGUGGUGGUCCAAGCAAGUUCUGCGUGAGGCAGAGUUCAUCUUUCCUGUUCUAUACGCUUUAUCUACGCAGGACGUCACCGACAUUGCUCGAUCAUCCCUUUCGUUCGCUCCCACUCGAAAUCACUGGAACGCAAGUACUUAUAUCGUACCAUCAUAUUGGAUGAAACAUGGUUUUUGGUUUGUUCUCGCGCAAGUCAGGAUCGAAGGCACCUGCACCUUCAGACCAUGCUCCAGCACAACAACUGCGGACACCUUCACCUUCAGAGGCCGCAUCCGUGGGCCAAGGCCCUGCUCCUCUAGGUUCUCCAACCGCGAAAGGACAUGGCUCGCCAUCUCGCACCCACUUUGAUCUACCAGAAAUCCACGGCGUUCCUCCCGAUUCUGAUGCGCUCACUGCCCAUCUCAAGGCCGUCCCCGCCAAGACGCUCCACGCCUACACACUCUCGCAUCUUCCCAACGCGGAUCCCUCUGUACUCUCGGCCCUUUCGUUAUUCUACUCAAGUCUUACUCCACCGCCACGGUUGCAUUGUGUGCGGUGUCACAAAGAAUACGUCGAAAUCGAAAACGAUGAUAGGAGCUGCCUGCUACCUCACGACGACGAAAGCGCGGUUGUUGAGCGUAUUGGCGUGAAUAACAUGCGCAAGAAAGGUCCGGGUGGUACCGUGAGGGAGGGUGCAACGUUCGAAACUCGCUGGGGAUGCUGCGAUAAGACCGUCGAGGGCGAUGGAGACCAAGGUCCUCCGGACGGUUGGUGCUACGAGGGACGACAUACGACGGACAUCAGGCGCGCACGAUAUCGUGCCGACUCAUCACCCACGGAGGAUAAACUCAUAUCGUGCCUUUCGCGGAAUUGCCACGGAAUCCGAGUACAGCUUGCUGCAGGUAGUGCAAGCCCCAUGAUCAGCGCUCGGAAGCGCACUCGCUCUACACGCAGUCGUAAGAGCGUGAACCUCAAGGAGACGAGCAGUGACGACGAGCCCAUGGAGACGGACGAGCAGGACCCUACCGCCGAUGAUAGCAUCCGAGGGCGUGCGAGAACAGCGAGAAAGGAGUCCGACGAUGAGGAUACCAGAUCGGUCAAGUCGUCGCGCUCUGCCAAGGAGCCGAAACGACCGCGAAGGGCAGCUAGUCGAGCACCUGCAUCAAAAGCUCGCGCACGGUCCCAAGGCCCUCCCGCAUCGAGGAAAGCGCGAGCAGGCAAGAAGUCGGUUGUCUUAGAGGCGAACGAUGCUGUUGAGGACUCCGGCGCAGAGACUACCAAGGAAGACGCUACCACAGAAUCGGAGAAACCGAAGAAGAAGCGUCGAACCGUGAAAUGAGAUCAUACCAUUCAACAAGCCUGGUCCGGGUCGUCGCUCUCGAGUUAUCGCAGAUUGAUUCUUGGGCAGUGUAUACUCCCGCGGUGCCUUUGGUAGGUGUGUUUGCGUUGCUUGAGUUUGAGAUGACUCCCAUUUGUCGAUUCAGCACGAUAUCGUCGUCUGCUUUGUACACCUCCGUCAACAUUUGAAGGUUCAUUAAUAUCCCCGCUUCACUAUAUCACCGAAGAAUGAGCUUCUAUACACUCCCUUCUACCUUCUCUGCACAUAGAUGCAGUUCACACCUUCAUACCC